AUGAAAUUCGUCAAUCACAAACUUGCAUUUCUCAUAAGCUUGUUCCUUUUGAUCCAAACACCUAGCAUUUUUUCUGUUGUGGCAAUCAUUAAGGAGGAGUUCUAUCCAGAUGAAAGAGACGCUUUAAUCCAGCUGAGAGAUUCUGUCACGUCAAAUUUAGAUUUGCACUCCAAAUGGACAGGUCCUCCGUGUCACGAAAACGACACCAAUUGGGUCGGAAUUUCUUGCUCAAAUGGACAUGUCGUUCACAUUGUCUUGGAAGGAAUUGAGCUCAAAGGUUCUCUCCCUUCUACAUUCCCGCAAAACAUAACUUACUUAACCAAACUAAGCUUCACAAACAACUCACUCUCUGGACAUCUUCCAAACCUCUCAAAUCUUUUUGACUUGGAAUAUGUUUCUCUCUCACACAACACCAUUUGGGGUCCAAUCCCUUUGGAGUUCAUCCAAUUGCCAAAGCUGAACACUCUUCAACUCCAACAGAACUACUUGUAUGGGGAAAUUCCACCUUUUGAUCAGCCAACUCUAACCGUUUUCAAUGUAUCAUACAAUCAUCUCGGAGGCCAAAUUCCGAAUACUUCUGUUCUUCAGAAAUUUCCGAAUACGAGUUACGGCAACAACCCAGGUCUCUGUGGGACGCCUUUGGAAAAUCCGUGUAGUUUUCCGCCUCCGCCACCAAGUCCUCCAUCUCCAAUCCCGCCGGUGUCUCCCCCUAAUAAUAAGAGAAGCCUGGGAUCGCGGGAUGUGAUUCUGAUUGCGGUUGCAGCGGGUUUCAUACCGAUUCUGGUUGUUCUUGGUUUUUUGUUUUACUACAAGGUUGUGCAUAGGAGGGAAAAGAAAAAAGAGAUUCGUUCAGGAGAAAUUUGUAAUGGGAUUGCAGAAGAGAGAAUGCCUUCUUCACCAAAGAGCAGAAGAGAUCCAGAAUUAAGUGUUGAGUUGGAAUUCUUUGACAAGGAAAUGCCUGCUUUUGACUUGGACGAUUUGCUAAGAUCAUCCGCGGAAGUUUUGGGGAAGGGAACGCUGGGAACUAGCUAUAAGACCACACUUGAAACAGGUCAAAACCUUGUAGUGAAGAGACUGAAAGACAUGAAGGAGUUGAGCAAGAAGGAAUUUGUGCAGCAGAUGCAGUUACUUGGAAAGAAAAGGCAUGAAAACCUUGCAAGGAUCGUGUCUUUCUACUACUCCAAGGAUGAGAAGUUAGUUAUCUAUGAGUUUGUCCCUGACGGCACUCUGUUUGAGCUUUUACAUGAGAACAGAGGAGUAGGAAGAGUACCACUGAGCUGGGCAGAAAGAUUAUCAAUCAUCAAAGACAUAGCAAAGGCUCUUACAUUCCUUCACCAUUCUCUACCACAUCACAGAGUUCCCCAUGCAAACCUCAAGUCCUCCAACGUCCUAAUACAACGCAACCCUCAAAACUGUUGCCAUUCUAAGCUCACAGAUUUUGGCUUCUUGCCUCUCCUGAUGUCCUCCAGCAAAUCGUCGGAUAAUCGUAUGCUGGCCGUCGCAAACUCGCCGGAGUAUGCACAGGGCAGGAAGCUCUCCCACAAAGCCGACGUCUAUUGUUUCGGCGUGGUCCUUCUAGAGAUCAUCACGGGGAGAAUCCCCGGCGAGAUCUCGCCGGUGAGCCAGGAAACGAUGGAAGAUCUCUCGGAUUGGGUUAGAAUGGUGGUAAACACAGAUUGGUCGACGGAUAUUUUGGAUGUUGAGAUAGUUAAUGCUAGAGAAGGACACGAUGAAAUGUUGAAGCUGACUGAGAUUGCACUUGAGUGUACGGACGAUGUACCAGAGAAGAGGCCUAAGAUGAGUGAAGUUUUGCAAAGGAUUGAACAGAUUGAGCAAAAGCAAGAGAGAAUGAAUGAAUGA